CCGAAACCCUACCUGCGGCCUGUACUGAUAUUGAGCAAUGUUCAUUCGUGAUGCCGCUAUGGGCAUGGCCACCAAGGCAGCCGUUGUACUGACUUUGCUGGGAGCCGUGCAGACGAGCGCGAACGAAUUGGUGAAGGUCCCCAUCAAGUCAACAUUGAUAUCGGACGCGACAGGUUUCGAUUCGUCCGCGCCCAUGACGAAUGCUCAAGUGAAGGUGGUCACCGCUGUCCAGGCAGGGGAUGGACAGACGUUCCCCAAUGUUCUAGUCGACACAGGCAGUGCUAUCCUGUGGGUAGGCGCAGAGCAGAAGUACGUUCCUGGACAGUAUACCCAGGUCAUGAACCAGACGUUCUCGGUAGGCUAUGGAUCUGGUGGCGUCAAUGGAACCGCGUACAUGGACCGCGUAACGAUCGGCUCUGCGACCGUAGACAACCAGAUCAUUGGCAGCGAGGGUUACAUUACGGGGUUCACUCUCGUAGAGCCCAUCGACGGACUGCUUGGUCUUGGUCCUCCGAAUUCGAAUCAGGGUGAAGUGUCGGGCUACAACACGACACCGACGUUCAUGGACAACCUGUACGCUCAAGGGAGCAUAUCGGAGCCGGUCUUUGGGUUGUACAUCGCACCCUAUGUGGAUGGCGAGGAGAACACCGGAGAAAUAACCUUUGGCGGCGUCGAUUCGAGCAAGUUUACCGGAGACAUCGAAUGGAUUGCACAGACGACGCCCACCAAUGAACAUUGGAAUUUCAUGGCCUCCAGCCUUGGAUGGGGAAACAUUACUGUCUCUCCGCCCAUCUAUGCCCGGACGGACUGCGGCGUUCUCUAUAUUCUAAUCCCUACCGAGACUGCGCUCGACAUCGUGCACGCCGUUCCAGGCGCGAGCCUUGACGAAUCCGAUUCCCAGUUGUCUGCUUGCCUCGUCUUUCCGAGCAAUAUGACCGUCGCCGAACUGCCCGCCCUCGACAUCGGAUUGGGCAACCUGUCCGUAUCCAUCCCCGCCACGGACUACGUUGUUCCAGAGAGCAUGUACCCGCUGCUGAACGUGACCGACGACGGACAAAUACACACAUGGUUGUGUCCUGGAGGGCCAGCAUUCGUCGGUCUCGGACAGAAGGCAUUGGAACGUAUCUACUCCGCCUAUGACAUUGUAAACAAUCUGGUCGGAUUCGCCAUCGCGGCAGAUGCGUAAGAAACCGAGCGCAUCACCGCCGCUCACGAAUUAUGCAUUGGACCGAGAAUGUGGUCAACCUUGACAGUGGACUCAAUCGGAUUUUGGACAGAGUUUUGUUGCACGGACGCUGAUAUCCAUCUGGUGUUAUCCUUGUCGCUUGUCAAUGCCCGUGUGACUAGAAUGUGAAGCUUUGGAGUGACGCAGUGAUUGGACGACUCGGAGCAAAUCGUGAGAUCUGACAUUUCCUGUCAAUACUACUAUGCAAAAGCAUCGAAAUCACGACGGUUUUUGUCAUAUCUCCUUAAUGGCAUCAUGAUUGGAGUGC